AUGGCACGUAUGGAGAAGGAUAGCAAUCGACAAGUUACCUUCUCUAAACGUCGUUGUGGUCUAUUUAAGAAAGCUAGCGAACUAUGCACCUUAUGUGGUGCAGAAGCUACAAUUAUCGUCUUCUCACCAGGGAGAAAAGCCUUCUCCUUUGGCCACCCUUCGGUGGAGACGAUAAUUAAUCGCUUCUUGAUAUCAAGUUUUUCUUCAACCUCGGACUCAGAGAGCGAACAAGCACUCGCUGAGGCUGAUCAGCGAAGUGCUAGUGUUCGCGAUCUUAGCCUAGAACUUACCUUAAUAAGCAAUCAAAUGGAGAUUGAAAAGAAAAGAAGUGAAGAGAUUAAUGAGAUAAAGAAGGCUAAAGAGAGACAUAAUUGGUGGGAUCAACAAAUUGAGAAACUUACAUUUCAACAUUUGGUUCAUUUGAAAACUUCCUUAGAAGAGCUUAAGAAGAAUGUUGUUCAACAUGGUAGAAAUCUUAUCAUGUUAGAGGCUUCAAAUGAUGCUACUAAUAAUACUCAUCAAUUUCCUUACAUGGGGAUUAAUUAUCCUAUGUUAGGAUGUUAUGAUGGUGCUUUCUUUAAUCCUAAUGGUGCUGGUUUUAUUCAAUAUGGACAGGAUUAUUAA